AUGUUGUCAAGGAAGAUUUUCCACCACGAGCUCAACGUGAGCAACCUCGUGAACAAUCCCAGUGUCUAUUUCUCGGGCAAUCCUUUCAAACCCAAGCCCGACCCGUUUCAAUUCUCCGAAUUAAACUCCAGGUACUUUCAAACAUGGCAGGAUGCCAACGGCGGAAAGCAGCUCAACCCCCGCCAGAUGUCUAAUAUUCUCAUGAGCGAUACGGCAGCAGCGUAUAAUCACUGGAACAUGACUUUUUAUGUGGCUGGUGCGUAUCUGUACAGCGCUGGGCCAGCGGUCGCCCAGCUCUAUGACAGCAAGAGCGGCAAGAAUGGCCAUAUCUAUAUACGGGGAAUGCUUCUGGACAUGGGUUACAACGCAAAAGAGCUGCUUACAAACGGCCUCUGGCUGCCUAUAUAUUGGUCAAGCGUCCAUCCUAAUGUCUACAUGCUGGAGAAAGAUUCUCCCUUGGCGCAGAAGCUGGGCCAAGACAACCUGUCGGCGCAGGACCGGCUCUCCAUCACGUUAAGGGAAAAGGUGGCCUUUGAGCAAGGCCACGACGCGGUCGUGAACAAGAUCCUUACGGACAAAAAGAUCCCCUUGAGCAGACUCUCCGUUUACAUCAAUGGCCACAUGGUAGACCUUUCCCAGAUAGAAACCAGUCAGCGUCCAGAUGGCAGGAUUCGAGCCAAGGUUCAGGCUGUUACAUGGCUGGGAAAACACGGCCUGAGCGGACAGGCAACCCACAGUCUUGAAUGGCACCCAGCCCACCCUGAAAAGGUCGCGUACAUGGUUUAUGGGACGGGGGAGGGACACUGCGCGGCUGAUAAAUCCAAUGGUCCAAUUAGUUACGUUCUGUGGGAAUGCUGCGGCGACACCUUGAUAGAGAUGGUCAAGUCCAUGACAGAACAGAGCGCGUUCGGCUCGGAGGCGCGGGACAAAGGGUAUACAGGUCUUCUCUGGAGAAAGUUCCAGAAGUCCCCCGAGGCUGGAUUCCGCCAUUUCAUCACUAUGGCAGGCUUCAAUGCCUCCACGCCUGCCGCCCUUGCCAUGGCACGGCGCACCAUUCACAUUCCAUACAACCUGGGUGCGCUCGUUCCGUUUAGCGACGAGGGAUACAAUGGCGACCUGCCACAUGAAAGAGGAAACUGA